CAUAUAAUUAUAUUGGCACCUCCCUGCCAAAGUACACUGAAUCACUGCCACAGUGAUCCACUUGUUUUCAUCUUCGGCAGAUAAAGAGCAGGGCAAUGGAUUCAGGCGACUGGAAAAACGUGUCCCAAACCACAUCCUUGACACUUCUAGUGGAGAACGUAGCUACAAAGUGCGCUACACAUUCUGUACCAUGGAAUAAGCCGAUGCUCAGUAACAAGAAGCCUGUUUUAAAGCCCAUGCAAGCCUUGGAUGAAUGUGUUCAGCUUAUCAAAGAUAUGGCUAAGGAGCUCGAGGACCUUGGGGACCCGAGCAAGGUCAGAAAAAGAAGUUUAAAGGAAAUAGAUAAGGACGUUCUGGAUAAAUCAGAUAAGCCCACCAGUAUGGAUCACAGCAAGUCUCUCAUACAGUCUUGGGCCAAAGAAGUGAACAGCCUCAACCUGUCCAGCAGAUUGAAAAAAAAGAUUCAGGAUGUGCCUCUUAGUUUAAAGGACAGCGACAGGAUCCUGGAGAGGGCGAGAGAAUUACAGAGUGUCUCAGAGAGUUUGGGUCUGAAAGAUGAGGAUUUAAAGCAGAUUCUUAGUCAUCACUGCACAAAGCAGACAAAACUCAAUGAAAUUCUUCCUUUCCUGGAAUUUGUGGUUUGGUCUCUUGUCUCACAGCAGUCUGAGGAGGACAUUUCAAACAUAUGGUUGUCAGUCAAGCAGAGACAAUGGAAGACAGGCAGCCAGAAAUACAUCCCGUGUUCAGUUUGGCAGUGGAUCCAGAGUGCAUCAGCUGAUGUUCAGUUAGAUCCCAGCUCCUGUCACCCGUGUUUAUGUGUGUCCGAAGACCGACGAGAAGUGCACGAGUGGAACUGGUCCGCAUACCAGAAGGAGAACCAUGAUAAGGAACUGUCUUGCGUUUUAGGGCUCAACAGCUUCUCCACUGGGAGGCAUUACUGGGAAGUACUGGUACCCACACAUGGAAGCUGGAAGCUAGGGGUAGUGUCUGCAUCUGCUCCCAGGACCGGCAUCUUCCCAAUAAAUCCUGAAACAGGCUACUGGUGUAUUUGGAAAGGACCCAAGAGUCUGUGGGCUUGCACAGACCCUCACACCAGGCUGCAGCUGUGUCUGCAGUCUCAGGUGGUGGGAGUCUAUUUGGACUAUGAGGAGGGACAGGUGUCCUUCUAUGAUGUCAGCAGGAGCUUCCAUAUCUACACAUUUACACAGAUUUUUAAGGAAGCACUCUUCCCUGUGUUUGUGUGUCUAGAUGGGACAGUGCUGAAAGUCCAAACCGCACAAAUAUCUGGGAAUGAACAAAAACAAGAGAAUUAACUAAAUUAUAAGACAUGAAUUCAACUGUGAUUGACAGGUUCUCUCUUUUUGAAUCAUGAAUUUGUUGCUCCAAUGAAUAGCCAAAUAUAUAUCAACAAUUUUUACCUUUGGAAGCAAUUUGUUACUUUCUUUUUAACUGUGAUUUAUGUUUUUGCAAGUAAAUGAAAAUGAAAGUAUUAACCACACUUACUUUUUUAAUGUAAACAAUUAAACAGAAAAGAAUAACUUGAAUGGGAAAUUUGGUUGAUAUUUGGUUAUUCAUUGGAAUGGCUCAAAAAAAUGAUUAUUAAUACAAAUAAGAUCUAGAAGUAUUAAAAUAAUGUUUAUAAUGUCUAUGGCUCUGUAUAAUACAUCUAUAAUAUUUUUAUGUAUAUUUUCAUUUUCGUAUAAAAAAAUAUUUUUUACAUUGACUGUUUACAUAAUUAUGUAUAGUAAAUGUUAGAAUGAAAGUAGCAUAAUCAUUUGUAUUUAGUAAAUGGACAUGAACAUAAUGAUAACAUUAUCAUACAUGACCUAAGACCUUAUAAGACCAGACUCUGAAUAUUCUGUGAUCUUUUUUAUUAAAAAGUGUGUAAAGAGUGAAAAAUGCUUGUUUAAAGGUUUUUUUUUAUGGCUGAUCAUUUAAAGUUUUUUUCAUUCUAAUAAAUAAUCUCAGUGGCACUGAA